AUGCGUUUUCUCUUGCUCGUCACCUGUGUUUUUCAGUUCGAAGCUCGGGCGGACGUGCUCGGCUGGGCUGGUUGGUCACCGUGGACACCGUGCUCGAAAACGUGUGGCGGCGGUGUUUCACAGCAAUUGCGUCGUUGUCUCGACGUGAAAUGCUCGGGUAUUUCCGUUCGAUUUCGGGUUUGCAAUGCUAAAGAAUGUGAUAAGCCUUCUCGAACGGCGAGGGAAACGGUUUGCGGAGGAGAGACGAUUCUAUCGAAACAACAGGUCGCAUUC